AUGAAAGGUAAAAAAGCGAAAAAGUCAAUCCCUCUUGAAGGAUUCUACCAGCCAUACGACCCUCCCGGAUAUAUCGCUCAAUCAGAACCGCCACAACAUUCUCAAUUCGUUCACCUGGGUAGUAUUCCUGCUCUCAGCUGUCAAGGUCAUCGCUCUUCUCAACAUUACGGUGGCUAUAUGCAGCAUUACUAUAAUCAAGGUUCCCCUGCUGCACCGAAUCCCUUCACUCAUCCUCAACUUCAAACAAAUCAACCUGCUCAAGCUUCCAAACAGCCACACUCUCAACCUUCAUUCACCACUUCCCAUCCCCAUCCUUCUCAAUCGCCUUUCGUUCAUCCAAAUUAUUCACUUCAUACACAACAAUCUCCCUUGUCUACGUCUAUUUAUACAGCAUUCGACCCUUACAAUCAGAAUUCCGAACACGUGAACUAUCCCAAUCCACUGUAUAACCAGAUCGGGAUUCGGCAAUAUUUAGAAGCAGAGGAAACCCAUUUCGAAUGUGCCGAAUGCGAUAAGCGAAGGAAGGAUGAUAAACGCUCAGCAUGGUGCGAUCAGUGUCGGAAAUUCACUAAGACCAUCAAAGUUAGUGGACCUUGA